AUCCGUACAUAUAUAGAUACAUCCAAAUAUUUUGAAAAAUGUCAUGAUAUUGUCAAACCUUCCUUUUAUUUUACUAACUUUAGCUCUUUUUUUUUAUAGAAAAGCUACAAAACAAAUAUUCAAAGCUAAAAUAUCAGUUUCAGCGAAAUAUUAAAAAAAUUAGACAUCUAAAAAGUGGUUCUGGCUGUGAAAGUAUCACUGUGCCAUGGAUGCAUUUUAAUGCUCUACAAUUCCUUGAUGGAGUUGAUGACAGCUUUUCUACUUUGGAUGGUGAUAAGCAUAAAUCAACCCAGAACGAGCUGACUUUCAUGUAUAAUAAAGAUCAGGAGGUAGAAUCCAUUUCACAUUCUGCCGGUAUUGAUCCUGAUGUGAGUUUCAUUUCUAUGGAAUGUUUUGAGGAUGCCGAAAGAAUUCCUGAACGAAAUAUGGAGGAAGAGAGGAGGGAUUCUGCAGAGGAACCAGAACCCUCAUUCUGUGGUGAAGUUUCUUCUCCCAAAACAAACCUACCAGAACCUCCACUCCCUAGUGUAUUUCCUUCUGGUGAAAAUUCUACACGAGAAAAUCACCAGGGCGUUUAUAAGCGAGCAGCUUAUAAACGCAAAAGAAAAUCAAAUGCAACUUCAAGUGAUGAUUUUCUUGAUGAAGCGGUUAAAGCAUUAAAAAAAAUUCCUCCUAAGCAGGAGGAUUCCAUGGAGGACGCUUGCGGGAAGUACAUUGCCCACAUUCUAAAGUCAAUACCUGAUUUGGAAAAG